CUAUGCCGAUAUAUCUGUGCAAAUGGCACACAAAUAUACACCAAAAGGAGUUCAUGUAAAAAUAAGGAAUCUCACACAAAUAUAUAGAGAAGAAAAGAAAAAAUUUGGGUCCUCGGGGGAACCAAUGUCAUCUGAACCGGUGUGUACGCCAGUAAUGACAUUGACGAAUUCGUUAUCAGUGCCGCCAUUGAGUAGCUCCAUAUCAGCAGCGAGUACACCUAAAAAGAGAAAUCACAUGGACGAACUAAUAAAAGUGGCAAAAGAACAAAACGAAUUGCUGGAGAAAGUGGUGGAGGACGGGAAAAUACUGACUGAGAGAGUGGUUAAUGCAAUAGAACAAAGUACUAAUACCAAAGAGUUUAUAGGUAUUAUGAAAAAUAUUUUAGAAAAAAUGUAAUUAUAAAUGUAUAUAAUGUAAUACUAAUAAAAAUGAAACCACAAGCUAGCGGCAGAAAAAUAUAUAUAUAUAUUUUUUUCGUGACCUCCUUUAUCCGUACAUACCCAUUUUAACUCCGAAAUCAAGGGUAUGACACUCUAACAUUUACCCAAAAAAAUUCUUCCAACAUUUUUCAAGCUAUAUUUGAGUACAUGAAGUACUCUUUUUUGCAGUACAAAAAAAUAGCCCUGGUCGAACCAACACCCCGUGACUGAAGUACUUUCGCGUGGUACUUCUUCCUCUGUACUUUGCAUUUUAUUUAGUAAAGCACACUUCCGAUUUCUUUGGCGCCGUGAUCUGAAGGUACCGUUGGAAAGAGAAAGUCCUCCUAAUUAAAAAAUAUACAGGUUUAUAAGUACCGCAUGCGCUUAGUUUAUGAGAUAUUCGUCUUUAAAGUUUUAAAAUUCUCAAAAUUCGAACACUUCAACUACAUUUUACGCACU